AUGGCGGAACAGCUCUCUGCGUACGACAAGAUCAACCACCCGAAUAUUCAUACUCGUAACUGGGAGGCCCAAAGUGUUCGUAUAGUGGAGUCUAAAUAUCCGGCAAACGCCGAAGCGGCCGACGGAUAUCGGAUCGCUAAGCCUCAUCAGGAGCAGUCAACUUCAAGUUCUUCAAAUUCAAUCACAUCUUCUUCUAUCGAAAGUGCAAGCACGACUAGCACAUCUGCUAUCAGAACCCCGUCAAGCCUAAAGAACACGGAAAUAGGAGACACGUCACGUCCGGGGGUCCGUUUUUCUGACCGCGGACCCCCUCGUACGUCUACCGGCCACCCUACGAUCUAUCGACGGUCCAGCAUUGGAGCUGGGACAGGAGUAGAAUGGGGUACCCUGUUUGACGAUAACGGGUACGCUACCACGCGAAACAAUCAGUUUCUUAGAGGCCUGGCAAAAUACAUUAUCGAUGAUUUGGCACCUAGUAGUAGUAACCUUGUUAUCACGCCCGAGAAGCUAUGUGCUCUCUAUUCGAGAUACAGACUGAGUCCGGAGAUCUAUCCUUUUAUAGAAAUCCUCAAUUCUAGAGCUAGGGAUGCCCAUGAUCGUCUCGCCGAUUUCUUCACAGAUCUAGACUGUCAGUACCAUCUAGUGCAACCCGAUUUCUAUUCUAGGCCAAGAAUCCCUGCUUUGACACCCGCUGGGUUCGCCCAGUAUUUUACCACAUGUAUCCUUGCGCAUCCUGAUGAGGAAUUCCGCCGUCUUGACAAGAUUGUAGCGGAUGUUCAGCUUGUAUCUGAUACCCCUGUCGAUGGCGAGCCCGAAAGACUUCCCAGACAGUUGUUCCGCAGUCAGUUUCCCGUGAGGCACGAUCCUAAGUCGAAGAAGAUCCUGACCGCUGCGAUUGACGACUUGAUAUACGAUCUUAGGCUGUUGGAGCCGUCCAGCCCGAGGUCCCCACUGGCAAUUAUGCCGCCGCCACCACCGUCGUCGAGUAACAAAGACCGAAGUAUCGUCCCCGUAAUUCGCCGUUAUGUCAUUCCCGAGGAGUACACAAGGAGAGAUGAAUACAAACUCGCCGCUAGCUCCGAGGCGGGACAACCCUGCGGACGAUACCAACAGAGUAUGAAUGAUGAGAAAUCUGGUCGGGCUCUUAUGGGUAACCGGGACCGUGAAACCUACUACGGGCGAGAGAGAAGUCAUUACAGCAAAGAAUCCAGCGGCUACCGACCUAUCCCGUCGGGCGAUGCUGGUAGUAUUGUACUCUAUUCCCCGAAAAGCACGUAUCAGCGCGCGCGGAGUCCUCCGCCUAGGGGCUAUCGGGCCUCGGCGCCGGACGUUAGCAACGCAUCUACGAGCUAUUUUAGGCCUGCUGGAUACCUGCCGCAGCCGCCGCUGACCAUCGCAGAAAGGCGCGAGUAUGCAAUGAACCCCGUGAACCCAAGCGCAGCGGCUGAAGACGGCGCUCGAGAGGAGAUUAGAAGACGCGAAAGCAGUGGCGGACGGCUCGAAACGGAACCACUUCUAAUAGAAGCCGCUGCCCAAGAGAGCGAUAAUAAAGCGGCAGCACUCACGCCGUGA